CCCCGCCAAGCCAGCGUCCAUCCAUCUAUCCAUCCAUCAGCCAUCGCAUCCCACUUCCCUUCCCUUCCCUUCCCAAGCCUGAUUGAGACACCAACUCCCAUCCAAUCACUUUUCAUUUCGUUUCGUUUCGUGCCACAAUCUGCUAUAACUGGACCAUCACAUCACAUCACAUCGCAUCGCACAGCACAGCACAGCACCACGUCAAGUUUCGUGCCAUGCAUGCACGCACCGCAUCGCAUCGCACACACACACACGCGCACACACGACCGCCAUGGGCACGUACACGAAUGAGAUGUCACUCGGUGCAUGUGCACGCCGCGCUCCCUUGUGGCUCGCUCCUGCCACACACCACACCACAGAACACCACAGCACGCACACCUGCUCUUGCAUGGCGUGCCAUUUUCUUCCCGAGCUUCCAAGCCACGAUCCAACACGCACCAUAAGCAAGCAACAGCAACAACCGCAAGCAGGCCGACGCGAGCAAACGAUCGAGCACCCUUCCCUCCAUCCCCACCUCUGAUCUGCUGACCUCCCACCAGAAGCACCCAUCCCCCGACCCCGCAUGCUGACGGCGCACCAUGGACGACGGCUCCAGGACCUACCGGUGCGAUGUGGUCGUGUACCCGCGUGAACGGCGUGCUGAGGACGCGGGCCGCGCCUUGGCCAGCACCUUGAACAACAACGGCAAGUCUGCCUUCCUGUACGAAGUGCCGCCAGAUCAGCCCAUCAGCGACAACGUCAUGCAGAAGCUGUCGUGCUGCACGCUUGUCGUCAUCAUGGACACACGCGCAGACGGCAAUGACACCCGUCCCGAGCUCCGCGCCAUCAUCAACGACAAGCCCGCCUUCCGCAUUGACGUGGCAGAUGCACAACACCAGCGUAGUGACGACGCCCCUGACAAGACUUCUGGCUUUGUGUGGACGCUCUUCAGCAAUGUGCAGCCGACGGUGCCCACACGGCUUGUCCACAAGAUCCUCGCCAAGCUUCAGACCCUGGACAGCGUCACAGGCUUUGGUGGUGAUGCGUCCUCGCACGACCUGAACCGGUCACUCCCGCCACCGCCGUUGCCGCCACCGCCGCUGCCGACUGACAACAAAGACAGCGACAACGCAGGCAAUCGCGCCGCAUCGAAGCCGAAACCACAACCGCAACCGGCACAGCCACCCCAACCACCACCACGGCCCUCACGACCACACGGCACCGCACCGCCUCUGUCCCCCGUGAAGGGCAACGCCGCCACCACCAAAGGGACGGUCCCGCUGCCGCCAGAUUCAAACGACGAUGGUGACCGCUUCUUCUACUCUGCUGCCACCAACGUGAUGCACCAGCGAACCAACAUGAACCACCAAGCUGCUCGCCCAACGCCCCUCUACGACAUGCAGUGGCUCGCCGACAACCACCACCACCACGACCGCGAUACACCACCAGAGGCAGCCACGCAACCCAUGCCACCACCAUCGCACGCACGUACGCCGCCACCAAAGCCACCGCGGCGGCGCAACAACCCGCGUGCCAAAACGGCCGCACCGCCACGCCCCAUCGCCGCCUUCCAAUGCUGCCUGCCCCCCGCCAUGCGAAAGACGUCUGUGGAACGGGCAAGGGACAACAAGGUAGUGCGCGCGAAGAAGCGAUUGGCACAGCCAUCGCUCCGCUUGCUCUACCUCACCCCGAACGCCAUUGUGUACAUGCACCCGAUCAAGCGUGGGGCCAAGUCGUUCAGCAUCCGCCCGCGCGACAAGCUCGCGUUCAAGCUGGAGGAGCGUCGGCUCACCAUCAAGAACGGCGACAACGACACGCUGCGCCUGUACGCGCCCACGGCCCACGACAGCAGCACGCACCUGCAGCAGUGGGUGGCGGCGCUGAACGCGGCGCAGACGUGGGAGGGGAACGAUGGCAUGAUGCUGCCUUCCUUCAUCAAGGGCAACCACGAGUUUGCACAGGCCAUGUGGCGGGCCAUCUUCGGCGGGUUUGGGCGGCCAGAGUACCGCGAUGUGUGGCUGCGCUGGCUGUGCAGGGACAGCGAGCAGACAACCACGCUCAACACCAUCCACCGGCUCUUCACGCACCUGGUGAAGGUGGAGCACGAGCCAGACACGGCGGCCGAGCAAGCCGCUGCGUACCUCAACCUCCUGGUCCACCUCAACCACAGCGUGCACACACGCAUGAUUGUCAACGCCAUUGAGCCGCGCUCAAAGCUCCUUGAGUCGUGGCAGGAGCACACCAUCGUCACCACGGGCACCAACAACACCUCCGCCGCCUCGUCCGCCAUCAACAAGUGCGCCCUCUUCAGCAUGCUCGUCGUGUACAUCCACAGACAGGCCGAGUACGCGUUGCAGCGUGACCCUUCGUGGCCCUUUCUCCUGUGCAUGGCGCUUGACUACGACCCAGCCAUCCUCAGAGACAAGCCCGUCAACCCGGCGGAGCGAGCAGCCGCGCUGCUCAGGCAGGAUGCGCUCAUCUUGCUGCAGGACGCGAACAAGCCCGAGCCACUCGCCAACGGCCGCGAUGAUGAUGAUAUUCCUGAUGAUGAGGGUGACGAGCAUGACAGCGACUACCACACCAACGGCAGCGGCAGCAACCGAGACGACACCGGAGAGCCGUCCCCUUUUGAUGCGGACACGCUGAUGGCCAUGAAGGUGGAGGAGGAGCGGCUGUCGCGCGCGCGAGAAGACGUGUGCAGUGUGCCGCUCACCUGCUUCGAGGAGCUGGCGUACUUCUUCGACGCAGACCACCUGCGAUACUUUGCCUGCAAGCACUGGGCCCAGAACAACAUCGACCGGUACAUUGCGUACCUGCGCGGAGAGGAUGCAGCCGUCCUCAAGCGCGUGUUUGAUGGACCGCAGCUGAAGGGCAAGGACAAGGAGCGCCUGUGCCUGCUGUUGCCGUGUCUCGACGUCACCUUGCCCGAGGAACAAGCAGCCAUCAUCAGGACCUUCACGGAGUGCGGGGGCCUGCACAUGGGGACGUUCCGCCUGUUUGUGCACGCGUGCGUGGACAAGGGCAAGACGGGGCUGCUUGCCUUCUGCCUGCGCGCCUACUUCAGCGUGCGCGCAGAGUCGAUUCAAGACGCCGUGGGGGACCUGCUGUCCAUCCUCGCACAGCCGCAAGGCGCCGGCCUCCCGCACGCCAUGGCAAAGGUCCUGUUCGACGCCGUCGUGGUGCUGGUCGGCAGCAACGUCGUGUGCGUGGACUCGUUUGAGCGCUGGGCGGCCACGUGCACGGAUGCGCAGAUGGCCAAGCUGGUGCGCCUCAUCUACAUGUACGCCGUCACGGACCUGUGCAGGAUCACGCGCGCCAACCGCACGUGGCUGGACGCUGCGGCAGACCGGGAGGAGUUUGAUGCCCUGCACGCGCGCGUCAACGACGACAGCAUGGCGGUGGAGUUUGCGUACGAGCGCACGCAGACGGAGUUCCAGCUCAUCCUCAUCGGGUUUGUGCGCAUAUGCCUGCUGCUCGGCUGCUACGCGGAGCUGCAGGCGUGGGCGGACAAGGUUGGCGAGCCCGUGUUUCAGCUGUGCUUUGGCGAGGGCCUGCGCAUGAUGACGAUUGAGGCGCUGGACAGGCGCUUCAAGCACGUGCUGCCGGAGUGCAAGGACAUGAUCAUGAGCGGCACCAUCCUCGUGAAGCCGCACUUCUUCUGCCAGGCCGCCUGUGACGCCAUGACGCGGGACAAGGCCGUGGGCGUCGACAAGCUGCGCGACACCUACUUUGACCUGCUUGCGGUGGCCGAGAAGCUGGAUGGAUACGCCACCUUUGCCGAGGACAUGAGGCACCUGCUGUCCCGCCUGCUGCCGCACAAGGCCAAGACCAUCCUGAGCAACCUCAACCGCCUGUGUGACGUCGUGACGCGGGGCGGCAGCGCUGAUGUAGGCGGUGCAGCAGCUGUUGGCGACGGCAGCAGCGACAGCGACGACAUUGGUGGGCAUGCCAAUGGCAGCGUGAGCUCGCAGGGCGUGGGUGGCAACGCGGCGCUGUGGGACCGGCGCGCGGCCGGGCUCAAGCUUGGCGAGCUGGUGCAGUGCAGCCUGUUUGCCACGGACGCCAUCUUCAUCGUGCAGUCGUUCCGCAGCCGCAACCUGCUUGAAGGGUGCAUUGCGCACUACGUGGACAACUGCCACCCGAGCACGUGGGUGGAGCUGUUCCGGCGGCUGGACGUCAUUGCGUUCUUCAUCAACUACCUGGUGCGCGAGAGCUACGAGAAGGCGUUUGUGGAGUUUAAGCGCAACAACCCAAAGGAGGACAACGCGUGGGCGAACAGCUUGCUUGGCCUGGUGCGGCUGCAGUUUGACGCGCCCAUCAUCAACCUGGAGGACCUGCGCGUUGAGGAGGAGGAGGCGCAGGCGCGCAUCAUUGAGGGCGUGCUUGCACGCAGCGCGUCGGCGUCCGAUGCCGAGAUGGCGUUUAUCAUCGAGUUUACGGGGCGCUGGAUGCGGCGCAUGAAGGACAUUGUGUCCAUUCCCAUGACGCCGCACAACACGCAGAUCAUCACCACGCUCAUGUUCACCACGUUUUAUCGGCUGGUGGAGCGGGGCGCGACAGACGAGCUUGGCGUGGAGGGGUCCAGACUCAGGUCGCUCAUUGCGGAGGUGGGCACGGGUGAGGGCAAGUCGGUCAUCAUCAUCAUGAUGGCGCUGUACUUUGUGUGCGUGCACGGCCGCCGCGUGCACAUUAUGGAGAACAACGUGAGCCUGCUUGACCGCGACUACAACAACUACCGGGCAUUCUUCUCGCAGUUCAAGAAGCGGGACGGCACCAGCGUCACCGCAAGCACCGUCAUCUCGCGCGAGGCCGACAUCACAUAUUGCCUGCAGAUUGACGUGGAGCGCGCGCAUCUCCACGAGGCGCCAAAGGGGCACAAUGUGUUUGAGGGUUUGGUGCUCAUUGUGGAUGAGGUGGACGACCUGGUGAUUGAGAACAACCCGGUCAACGCGUUUGUCAAGCGCGACGAGGACAACAGCCCGCACGUGCACAAGUGCUUCCAAGCGCUCAAGCGCAGCGGGCUGCGUGCAAGCAAGCCUGCCGGCUGCCCGAGCCACGUGUGGAACCGUGCGCGUGGAGCGUGUCGGGAGGUGCAGGGGUGGCGUGAGGGCCGUGACUAUGCGCUGAUGGACGGCAGCUACUGCAUCCUGAACGAGCGCGGCCGCCCCAAGGCCGACCAGACGAGCCUCGCGCUGGAGUACUUGAACUUUGUGUCCGGGUACAACGACAGCCCGAGCUUCAAGACGACCAACUACGUUAUUGCGACACCGCACGUGUUCAAGCAGUACGCGUUCAUCCUGGGGCUCACGGGCUCUGUGGGCGGCGAGGCGGAGCGCGAGUAUUUGCAGAGCACGUACGACGCGGGGGUGUUCAGCGUGCCGCCGUUCCUGAACACGUGCACGGAUGCGCGCAAGCGGGAGCCUCACCAGCACCUGCUGAAGGUGGUUGACGGCGCACAGCAGCAGCGGGCAGAGGUGGCGUCUGUGGUGGAGGAGAACAUCGACUCCGUGCCCGUGCUGGUCAUCUCGCCCACGCCGGACGAGGCGCAGGCUGUGGCGCGGCAGUUGCGGGCGCAGCUGGGGGGCGAGCGCGUGCAGCUGUUGCUGGAGCUGGUUGACGGCGUGUCGCAGAAGGACCGGUGGCAGACGACCAUUGACCAGGCGACGCAGCCCAUGCAGCACAUUGACACGGUUGGCGGCGGGUGGCGCGUGACGGUGACCGACUACUUUGGCGGGCGCGGCCACGACUACAAGGUGACGGACGAAGGCGUGGACGAUGCUGGCGGCAUGCUGGUGAUCAUCACGCACAUCCCGGACUCGUACCGGGAGUGGGUGCAGUGGAAGGGGCGCACGGCGCGGCAGGACCGCAACGGCCAGCUGGCGCUCAUCCUGAACAGCGCAGAGGCGUUUAUGCGGCAGCAUCGGGAGGUGGUUGAGCAGUUCAAGGACGGGGCUCUCUCUGGAGCCGAGUUUGUGGAGCGACUCUUGCACGAGCGGAACAUGGAGAAGAAGGAGGUGCUUGACAAGUAUGCGGAGACGCAGCGCAAUGGGAUGGCCGUGAACGAGAUGUGCGAUCGCUUCUAUCGGCGCUACGGUGCGGGGACGGUGUGGCCCGAGAACGACCUGCACCGCAAGCUGCGUGAUUUCCUGGAGAAGCACGGCCGCAAGCCGCCCAUUUCGCAGACGCGCGCCAUGGCUACGGAGCUGGGCAUUGCCGACAACUUUCCUUACUGA